UCCAACUUUUCGAUUCCUCUGUUUCAAGGYAGAGGACUGCUUUACKACGCCGAUCGCUUCGAUACGAUCUUGUUCGAUAGUUAGCUUUUGAACKCUUUCAAACAACCAGAAUCGAAGAAAUGGCAAAGACAGAUCAGCAAUCCGUCAUCCCUUCGCUUCCGGGGGAUAUACAGCCCCCGUCGCCAUCGACGCCGAAGCAACCGUCUCCCCGGAAGAAAAGCAAGAAGAAAAAACACUCCCCCAAAGUUCUCAAGGACAGCCACCAGCAGCUUCGGCUCGACGACGAGCAUCGGCCACCACCAGAGAGCAUCUGCAGUCUUCCCCUGGCCAUAGACACAAACACGAGAGUAUUGACGUACGACUUUGUCGUGCGUUCCCUCAGGCGRAGGUUGUGGAAGGCCUUUUCCGAGGAAGACUCGGCAUCGRCAAUGAAAGUCUAUCAGGCAACUCUGUCGGACUUUGUGCAAUGGCUGGAAGAAGAAGACCGGGAGCGUCGGAAUCAGGAAGAGAAAGCAGCAGCUGCUGCCACCGAGAACCUAACUCCCGGGAGAAGCUCCAGAAAGCUCGAGAAAAGGGGCGAACGGCGCAGCAGGAAGAAACUAGGAAUGCCGACCGAUUUAGAGGGCGAUAGCGACCAUAGYAGGUUCAAYGUCGAUAUCGACAGAGACAACACCGACUACCGCAACACGCUACUAAGGCAUCACCAAGAGCAAAGAGUGGAAACCGAGGCCAUGAUCGGUGGUUCCAACAUUCCAAUUUUGCAAUCCAAGAUGAACCCCUCRGACUCAUUCAUUGCGGACGACUUUCUGUGUCCAUUCGACGAUUCUACCUAUGAUUAUCCGGCGCAAACAAAGCUCCCCGAUCCGAUCCAGCACGCAUUGGAACAAGAGGCCCUCAUUGCGGAACGCAAGCGGCAAAAGCGAAAGGCCAGGCACCCGAGAACRGCCUUUCGAAGGAUCUUUCUCGGUGUACAGCCAGCAUCUCUUGAGACUUCCUCAACUCUGGACAUCGAAGACAGCAGCCACGACAGAAGUGCUACGCUGAGUGGUUGGGGAAUGGAUCCGUUGCUGCAGAGCCUGACUUCUUCGUCCGAUCUCGCAACCGAGAACGACAAUCGCCACGACGAAGACGACGACGAGAAGGAAGAUACCAUGGUCAUCACGCCACUCCACGAGGCUGCGAGGCUGGGUGCGGGAGACCUGGUCAGGGUUUUCCUUGCUCACGGCGGGAACGCCAACGAAAAAAACAGGUGCCUGCGAACCGCUCUCCAYAUGUGCGCCGGAGGGAUCACAGCCGAAGAGCAGAAGCUAGCACGAGCAGCGGCCGAAGCAGAUGCGGCGAGUGGGAAAAGCCGACCGAAUUCUCCCGGCAACAAACCCAAAWCAAAGAAGCACAAAGACCGCAAGAGCAGCAAGAAAGCGAAAGCAUCGUUGCCAUCUUCUUCGACAUCACCRUCGCUGCCCCAAGAUUCGGCUUCGGCGGUGGUAGCUACCAUUGGGAUCAGAGCGACAGCCAUUCCGAGCACGAGUUUGGACUUGUUGCGUCAAAUCGACCUGGCUUCGGAAAGCAAAACGUCGUCCUCUAGAAGUGGUCGCGGAGGCAACCGGCGAAAGUCUUUUGGUACGAGUGGAAGUAGCAAGCGAAAUUUAUUUGCGAAACUGCGAGGCUUUAGCAACAGGAGAGAUAGAGACGAAAAAAUGAAGUCCAAGAGCACRCAAGAGAAAGCCCAGGACUCACAAUGCGACACACKAUCCGAUCAAAUGGCUAGAGAGCCAAAAAAUAGAUCAGGAAACACAGCCAAUCCAAAACGCCUCAAUGAAAUUGUGAUGGACCGCAUGGAUGCAAUGGUGGCUCUGCUAUCCUGGGUCGACAGGGAAUCCGGCGACCAGCCAUCCAUCAAUGCCGUGGACACCAGUGGUCGGACUGCRCUGCACUAUGCCGCAGAGCACGGCAGGUCGGACAUAUGCAUGGCCAUUCUUUCCAAUUUCGGUGUCAUGCUGACGAUCGUGGACGAAGUAGGGACACGGACCCCCUGUGAGGUGGCAGCAGCCAACGGCCACGACGCUCUGGCCGCUCAGCUCGAAGCCCGUGCCCUGCUCUUUGUGGAUCCCUACGGAAUGGACGACGAGAUGCAAACUACCCUGAUGGCGGCGGGGCAGGCCAACCAAACGGACGACACUAGCUACGUCAACAAGCGACGCAACCCCUGCGGCCCCAUUGUUCCGCCGUUCCGAUGGUUCAUCACGUGCUCGAAGGAGGAGAUUGCCAUGGAACGACGAAGCCGACUCGAGRAAGCCCGAGGAAAGCUCGAAAAAAUAAUCCUCGAGGGGGAAGGCCAGGCUUCYGACGACACAAAUAUGAUAUUGGAAGACCUAGACAAGAAACCCAGUGCCACCGAAAUCCUCACGUCCAGCGAUGUCUCCAGAGUACCAGAAAACCUUGCACCCUAUGUGACGACUGCCMCCCAGCAUUCGAAGGCUACUACCAGCGGGGAAAGCCCCCAGGARGAGUUGAAACCCCCACCAUCCCUAUCGAACGACGGCACAGAKACGGUCGGUGAUGAGACCGAGACCAAUGUCGCCGAGCCAAAGUGUUAUUUGGAGCUAUUGGCAGACCAUCAUUUGGAACGCUACAUGGCAUACCACGAAUGGAAUCUCCCAGCGGCGUUGGAGGCUUUCCGGAAGGACCAAUCGGAGGCUCUCAGUGCUGCCGGAAUCGACAUUUCCCUUGACAUUAUAACWAAGGGAGCAAAGGCCGAGAAUGCGGCUGCGCGUGCAGCCRAUGACAUCGAUACUGCCGGUCGUCAUUGCCAAAUUUGUUACGACGACGAGAUAGCAGAGGAUAAGUGGAUGAUAUUAAGAAAUUGCAAGCAYGGUUUCUGCAAAGAUUGCCUUGUGGAUUAUGCCAAAGAUGCCGGGAAYAAUCGCCUUCCUGUUCACUCCGUGAAGUGCCCACAGCAUGGCUGCGACGCGGGAUUUUCUAUAAACGACAUUCGCGCUCUACUCGAAAAGGAUCACCCCGAAAUCCUGCUCCGCAUCGAGGAAGCAAGUACCGACAAUUUUGUUACCACCCAUCCAAAUUUUAGGUUUUGCACSUAUCCCAAUUGUUCGGGAAUUGUGCACCGACUGAAACAGCCCAAAUGGGCAAGUUCGGGCUACGACGAAUCAUUCCUCAAUWACACCGGAGCGACUUGUGUGGCUUGCCACAGYGGCGAGAACUUUKCCGGAAGCACGAGCGCCUGCAAUCAAUUGACGUACGAAGGUGUGGCAGAUCCGGACUAUGCCAACUGCCUCAGCCGCAAACAACCCCUCAAGGCCCAGCGAUUUUGUUUCUCUUGCGGGGAAGGGGUUCACUGGCCGCUUACCUGCGAGCGUCUGGAAGAAUGGAAACAACGCGUGCGCGACGAGAUUGGCAGCGUGGAUGCCGAAAAAGGUGAGGAAAGCGAUGUCAACGAUUUGGCCCACAAGCUCUGGCUCAAGGCGAACACCCGCCCGUGCCCCGCUUGCAAUGUCCCGAUCGAGAAGAACGAUGGCUGCAACCAUAUGGUGUGUCAUAGCUGUCUCCACGAGUUUUGUUGGAUAUGCCGCAAAGACUGGAAGUUGCACUCGAACGACACCGGUGGCUUCUUCCGGUGCAAUAUCUGGAAAGAAGACGACCCCGAUCGGGUCGAAGAUAGACAAGACGACGAGAUGGAUUUUGGGAACGAAAAUUUCCUUUCCAAUUUGCUAAAUGACGAAGGAUACGGRACUUCUAUCCAUGCGUCACGGAGUGCCUGGAGGAAGAAACAAGRAAUGAAACGUUUCAUUCACCAUUACACGCGCUGGGAAGCUCACAAGGCGAGUGCCAUCUUGGAGCAGAAAAUGGCGGACACAGCUUGCACCCGUCUAGCUCCGGUCGUGGAAGCUGCMAUCGAAUUCCAAGGAUAUCCAACUUUCAAUUUUGAUGGGAAAGGCCUUUCCUUCGUUCACAACGCCUUUUUUGAGCUUGCAGAAUGCCGAUCAACUCUUCGUCACAGCUACGCCUUUUCCUUCUACCGAUAUCCCUCGAAAUCUUCGGACUCGCAGCGAUUUGGCUACCUUGGAAACAAACGCAAGGAGAAGCUUCGAUUUGAGCGGCUUCAAUCCGAGCUCGAAACCAUUACCGAGCAAAUGAGUGACAUUGUGGCACGGUCCCAUCUACGAGCGACCCAGAUGCAAAUUACGUACCUGACUGCCGGUGCGUCGGAAAAACGCGUAGCGUUGAAUUAUUUGUUGUUUCAGAUUUAUAGAGAAGAAAAGAAGGCUCUUGCUCAACAAAAAGAGAAUGGUGAUAAACAAGCUUCGUCAUCUUCAUCGAAAACGACAAAUUAUUAUCCUUAUCCUAAUUCUAACAGCAGCAACGACAACAGCAACGGGAUCCAGCAGUAUGUUGGGCGAUACAGCUCGGAAGUCUUCAAUAGACUGCUACUGCACAUCGAAGGCGAGAACUACGAGCCAACUCUUACUCCCUACGUCACGGCAGGGAACAACCGGUCAACCACYACUCCCUACGUCACGGCAGGGGGUUCUGCAUCAGCAGCACCUAGUGCGCGCGAUCUGAGCCUACAGAUGCUGGCGGCGAGCCAACACGUGCAUGCGAUGGGGGAUGCGGUACAAAGAAUGGAACAAUUGCUCAAUCGGUCUAGAAAUCGAGGAAUGGCACUGGAGGAUAGUGAUGGCGCGAUUGACGACGCAAAUGGGUAUCCGGCUGCUUCGGAAAUGUGGGCUUGUUCUCGGUGCACGUACAUGAACACGGGAGGUUUCUACUGUGCCAUGUGCGAAAGUCCCCGAUAGAUGCACGCAUAACAACUUUUUCUCAUCGAGAGAUAAGAGAGAUGRAAGAUACCUGGAAGAAAUUUCCAUCUCAACCUGUCAUGAUUCGAAUCUUGAGCGAUCCUCGAGCGACCAUACCCUCCUAUUUAGCUGUUCAAAUACCGUUGUGUUCUUCCCUUYUCGAAAGAGUAGCCAGCACUCGGUAAUGUUUUUCCUCUGGAUGUCAAUUCGUCACACAAKGAAAUGGCGCGUGCAAAGCAUMGGCUGCGAGCUUCACUUUUUAUAGUUUCGAAGCCGAGCGUUGUUUGCAAUCAUACUGUGAGGAAUGAAGGUGUGCUUUUAACCGGGAAUUAAGAACGGGGCCUCAAUAACAACGAAGCGUUUGAAACGAAGGAAGACGAGCACGAUAUGAUUGCUAGCUAUUAGAAUUAAGAGUGAAAGUUACACACGCUAACUCUUAGGGAUCAGUGAACGAAAGAAUCUAUUACAUUAGGGAUGAAGUUAUUAGAAACUUYAUUYAUUUCUCUGWRCAGGAAAAAGCGCAUUUCAUAAAAAUGAACGCGCAGAAAUAAUGUUGCGAAUUCCAAGCGCGGUUCUUUUCGAAGUCGUAAUGAUCCCAUCACGGUGCAUCAUUAGUUGGGAAUGAUCACAUCAUCAUCGUAAAAUAUCUUUCAUACCAUCGAUCUUUACAAAGAGUCGAAUCCAUUGAACUGUAUCACUGCUCCAUAGUGGCGAUCAUUCGAGUUGCAAUGAAAUCUUUUCGCAACAUAAUUUCGUCGAUUUUCCUCCUUUCAACUCUGUCCGUUGUCACUUGUUUUGUCAUUCCGCCUAUCUCGGGUGCACCAACAACUUCUUCCACCGYCUGCCAAUCCUCGCAACAAGAACAACAACAGAUGGCAAUGAAGUGGUUCCAGCACGAGCUAUCGAUUACCGCCCCCUCCAGGGGAUGUCACCUCAUCACUAGCAACGUCCAAAAAGUUAUUUCCAAAGAUAUUUCACAAAUCAAGAUUGGCAUGUGCAAUUUGUUUGUACAGCACACGUCUGCGAGUUUGACUGUGAACGAGAAUGCCGACCCGGACGUCCGUAGAGAUCUGGAAACCGCCCUCAACAAGAUUGUUCCGGCCUCUUGGAACCACGACGGAACCUUUCGACACACCAUGGAGGGAGACGAUGACAUGCCAGGGCACGUGAAAACGUCUCUGAUGGGUCCGUCCCUGAACAUACCGAUUCGAAACGGAAGAUUGGCACUCGGAACCUGGCAAGGUAAGGAAGAUAAUACAAUUAUCGGUUGCCAUUGAGCUGACAAUGGAUCUACRUUUCUAAUCGUGAUUUGUUGUUCCUUCGAAAACAGGAAUUUAUCUCAACGAACACAGAGACCAAGGCGGUUGGGGAGGCGGUCAUACCCGCAACAUUAUUGUCACUCUCCAAGGACAGGGUUGAGUUUCAGAAUCCAGCAACUGCAAUGAUAUUCAUGCAARCAAAAACUCUGAACCUUUGSAAUCUUCGAUUUUUGUGAAACUUCUUGAGUCUAUAAACAUAUUMCUGUCUA